AUGGCAGGGAACAACUCGGAGGCAGAUGAAGAGGCUCCGAAGCAGCUGCCUUUGAAUGAAGGGGAGGUGGCUGUUCUGGAGUCCUACCUUGAGCAAUGGGACUCGAUGUUGGGUCAAGAAAGAAAUGUGGUCUGGGGGGAUGCCAUGACGGAGGCUCGGCUGAAGGCCCCUGGCAUGGAUGCCAAGCUGUUGAAAAAAUGGUUGCAGAACCAUGUAGGGAAGAAGAAGGAUGCCAAACCUCCCAUCAAUCUUGGGAGGAAGUGGACAUACCAGGCGGUCGUGGGGUCUCUCAGGAAGAAGGAGCUGCUGAAGAAGAUCAAGGACGAGACCGGUGUGAAGCCCGGCGAACCCGAGAUGAUGAAUCAUUAUGCCAAGUAUCUGGCAGAAAUGGUGAAUUCUCUUACCGAGAAGGAGGUGGAGGAAGCAACUGAGAUGGCUGAGGAGUGGAACAAGCAAGGAGUUCCACCCAAGGUUCAGGCUGACACGGCGAAACAAAAGAGCGACGACAUUCUCCAGUAUGUGGCCAGCGAAAUGUUCAAGAAGGCCAGGAUGCGGCUGUUCAUGCUGUCGGCUUGGAAGAAUGAGGACGGAAAACUCCUGGUGUCAAGUCAUGACUACAACGACGAGUUCGGCAAUGGGGAAAGUUUCAGCAAGACGGGCGACUGGCAGGUGAUAUUGCCGGAGUGGGAGUCAUAUGUGUCAAAACAGUUCGACAAGGAAGUGGAGGAUGACACCAUGGUAAGGAAGGGAAGGAAGGACAACACAUACGUCCUCAAAAUAGGAUGUGAUGGAUUGCCCAUCCUCCCGGACCACGGCAAGAUGGAUUCAGACACGCGGAAGGCUGUCGUCUGA